ACAUCUCCAACGAGUCUUGUUAAAGGAAGCUGUCUUCUCCUUGACAGUUCCCAGAGACAAACUCGGUUUCUCUGUUCUUUCUCUGUUCUGUGAGGAAACCCAGAAAUUCUUAUUCUCAUUAUAUAUAAAAACAAAGAAGCUCUUCUUAGUAAUUAUCCAUAUAAAGUAGAGAUCGCAAUUGAAGGAGGAGAGAAAUUAAAGAAAUGUCUGUAAGAGCGGCGGCGGUUUCUUCUCUGAGAGAGGAUGAUCACCGGAAUCUGAACAAGCAGAUUGGGUGCAUGAACGGAAUAUUCCAUCUCUUUGAACGGCACCAUUUCCGGCGUGUCGGCCGUCACACCAAUAAAAGGCUGCUUUCAGGCGCCAACCACAUGGAAAGUGCAGCAGAACAGCUAAAACUGGAAAAAAUCCCAAAGGUCUUCAAAGAGUCGUCCAAGAUUCUCCCACCACUUGACCAAAGCAAAACAACUAAACUGGAAUUACUACCACCACCACCCUCCAACCAAACUAGCUUCCACCAACGGGAUCUCAAAGGCGCGGUGAAGGACUCAAUGUACCGAGAAGCCCGUAGUAUAUCCAUCAAAACAGUGACCAAAACAGAAGGAAGAGUUCAAGUAGUGAAACAUGUAGACUCCCCGAGACCUUCACAAUCAGACGGGUUGAUGAGAGCUAAUGCUAAGAAACUUUUAGAACCUCGACGUCUCUCCUAUGAUGGUAGAGAUUCGGGUGGAAAGGGGAUGAAAGUAAAAGAGAUCCCAAGGUUGUCAUUGGACAGUAGAGUCAAGUCCAUACAAACUUCUGCAGGUGAAUCCAGAUCAAACUUCCUUUUAUUGGGGAAUAAUCAUAAAAGAUCACCAAGUGUUGUGGCAAAGUUAAUGGGAUUGGAAGAGCCAUCGUAUUCUCCUUCAUCCCACGAGGAUGAAAUGGUAAUAAAAGGUUCUGGGGUAGCACCACAUCAGCAGCGCUUCUCGGUGUAUAGUGAAAUCGAGAAAAGGAUCACAGAGCUCGAGUUUCAGAAAUCCGGGAAGGAUUUGCGAGCACUAAAACAAAUACUUGAAGCGAUCCAAAGGAGUGAAAGACAAGAAACAAACACUCCCUUAGUCCAGCAAAACAACAUCAGCCACUCCCCAAGAAGGUCAAUGGAGUCUUCUUCUCGUAAUAUCAUUAGGAAACCAGCAAAGCUUAAUGAUGACAAGAUCAGACCAGUCAGUUGCAGAGAAAAUUUGGUUGCUGAUGAGAGGAAAAGUUUGUCACCAAGGAGAAGUUACAACAAAGACGCAGGUCAGCACCUUUCUAACGGAAAGAAGAAGAACGGGAAAGCAGUACAGGGCGGCUCGACUGGUGCAGUGAGUCCAAGGUUGCAACCACAUCUCCCGCCGCUCGAACUGAGUAGAGUGAGAAAGCACCAAGGCACACCACAAACAAAAGAAUCAGGAUUGCGGAACAGGAGAUAUAAGCUUAAAUCCAGCAAUCUGAAGCCAGAAGUCAAGAUUGAGAUCCGCAAUAACUUAAAGAACUUCAGUGAUCAAUAUGAUACAGCUUCGAUACAGUCAGAAAGUGACAACAGCUUGGCAUCAUGUAUGGACACUGAAGUCACAAGCAAAUAUCGCUCUAAACCGAGAAGAAACUGUAAAGAGAUGGAUCCUUCAAUGAUGCUGAAUGAGGAACUGCCGAUCUCUGAACUUCAAAUUUCUAUGAAAGAACAAAGAAGUCCGGUGUCUGUGCUUGACUCAACAUUUUACAUUGAAGAUUCUCCAUCCCCGGUGAAGAAGAUAUCAACAGCUUUUAGAGAUUAUGAUGCUAUAGAAAAUGAUGAAGCAAAGUGGCAUUCAAAGGAUUUCA